AAAAAAAAAACCAAAUAAUGCCAGAAUUUGGGUUGAGAAACACCCAAAAGAUAGUGGCCCAAUACAUGUGCCUAAGAAAAUCUUCAUGAGCCGAUAAACAUAGUCACAAAACUAGGAACAGCCUUGUAGCCAUAGUUGGUGUAGUAUGAGCAAGUGGGGUAUGAAGUAGGUAGGCAUCUCCAUGGGAGGAAGGAGGAUGAAUCAAGUUCCUUUGUUUAGCUCUGCAAGAAAACUGGGAAAUUUAAUUGUGACCUCCAAUCUAAUCGACUCUGCUUUGACUAAAAUUCUUGAGCUUCAAAGAGACCAAACAGCCUUGCCUUCCCCCGUUCAAUACAGAGUUUUUUAUCCAUCUCCCAAGUGCACAAUUGUAGCUUUUGUCUCUUCACCUGACUGCACUCAAAACCCUCUUCCUGGACAAGGAGAUUUAGUUCCCUCUCCUCUCUUUGACUUCCUCUGCACCGAAGAAUACAAGUCCGUCUCCAUUAACAGAGCUGCAUUAACCCUCUUUACCUCUCUCCACGAUCAUCUCUCUGGACUAAAAACUCAGUUGACUGUGAUUGAAGGUCGAUUAAUCAUCACUGGGUACUCGAUGGGAGGAUCCGUUGCUUCUCUCUUCACCUUAUGCCUGUUAGAAGUCAUCAAUUUAUCAAAACCCAAAUGCCGCCCCAUUUGUAUCACCUUUGGUUCACCCCUCAUAGGCGACUUUGGCCUCCAACACUCCAAUUGGAAUUCUUUCUUCUUGCAUGUAGUGUCCAACCAAGAUCUAGUCCCCGGACUCUUCCUCCCAUCCGACAGAUCUCCUCCCACAUCCUCCCAUUCACAAACUACUGGUUACAAGCCCUUUGGGACAUAUCUCUUGUGCUCUGAACUUGGUUGUGCUUGUUUUGACAACUCUGAUUUAAUUUUGGAAUUGCUGAAAGUCAUAUCAUCAGAGGUUGCCAGAGGAUUGCGGGAUGUUGAUUACAGGAAGAUUUUAAGAAACCUCAAGGAGAGGGCAAUCUGCAAGGGACUUCCGCAGGUGGGUGAAAGGUUUGCAAAUCCAUUUGCAGCUGGGAUCAUCAUGGAACUUGAGACAAAUAUUGGAUUUAAUGAAACAAAGGUAAACAGCUUUCUCCCAUCUAAUGAUGUUAUGGAACAUGGUUUACACCUCAUUAAAUACUGCAACAACUGCCCUAUUUAGAUUUACCUUCUUGUUCUUUGGGAUCUUCCAUAACUAGACUCAUUUUUUAAUGCCAUUUUAUUUUCCUUUUUGUUUCUAAAUUUUUUAAAAAUCGUUUUCACUUCUUUUUUUUAAGAAAAUUUUGGCAAAUUUUGAAAAUAUAAUAUUAGUGUUUUCACUUCUUUCUUUCUUUCUUUUUUUCUUUUUUUUUUUAAACUCAAUUUUCUAAAAAAUGAAAAUAGAAAAACAUUGUCUAAACAUGUUUGUAAACUUAAUUUUAUUUUUUUAUAAAUGAAAAAAAAAAUCUAAAUGAGUAAGGCUUUAUUAAUUUUAAUUUUUUUCUUUUCCUUAUAUUUUCUUAUUUUAUUCCAAAUUUUCUUGCAACCAAACAUAAUCUAAAUGUUUACAACUUUUAUUGUAAGGAAUGAAUGACACUACUUUGUGAACUUUUAUGAUAAUAUUUUGAAUCAUAAAUUGUGUUUUUUUUAGUAAUAUCAAUUUUAUUACCAAUGACUUAAUUGUUAAUAACAAAAUAUAAUAUUUAUAAAUAUUUUUAUUCUCAACAGGCUACAAUUUUUACUCUUGUGAUAAAAAAAAUUUUGUCAUAAAUUACACAUUAUGAUGAGUUUUUCUAUUUUCCUUAUCAGCCAAUUCAACAAAUAUCAUAUAUAUAUUGUAGUGGCUAACAAAUUUUCACAUAAAUUUUUUAUAAGAUAAAGUAGAAUGGAAUUAUUCAAUUUCAAAAAAAAAAAUGGUACCUAAUGAAAAAGAUAAAAUAUAUAGAUCAUCUCGAAGAAAUCAGGAAAGAUAAAUGAUGAGACCAUAUAUAGGACCCUUGAUGGAGACUAUUUUAAUUGAAGUGGUGUGCUCCUUCCGACUCAGAACAUGUUCAGCAUUGCACACAAACUAACAUCGUCGAUCUUGAGUAUGAAAAAGGUGAUUAGAUUCCAAGGACUUGCUACUCAACAAUGACCAAAGAAGUUCAUUUGUGGUUUGUCCCAACUCCUCAUAUUAGAGGUGAUGCUCAAGCUAACGUGCCUCGCAGUUGAGCCCCGGCCAAUCGCUCUAAUAUGCUUUUCCAAUGGUGAGUUUCACUGCCACCAUGUAUUACAUUAAUUCCGAUAGCGCACAAGUUGUGUUUGUGCUAUUGCUUUUUGCCCUCACAAACAUAUACACAAGAGACAUUCAGACCAGAUCUGUUCUACCAUCCUCUAGGAAAGCAUUGUAGGUCAUUUGAAAUUGGGAUUUCAGCACCAGAGUCAAAUUGCCUUCCUUCCUGAAAGAUGAGCAUUUUUUAUACUCUUACAUCGGCUUUUAUGGAAAUGAAAUCAGCUUCUCAUUCUGUUACAUUUUUCAAUUUUACUGCCUAUAACUGCUCACUGCCUGUUUGUGAGAGGUAUGGACCCAUGGGACAUUAUCCAGAUUUUCCCUGAUCAAUUAUAGAAAGGUCAUUGGACUCAUCCAUGAUUGGAAUUUCCUGUUAUCAUUAUUUGCAAAUCAUCAACCAUUUGUCAUGA